UUGUUCGUAAAAAUGGAGAUAUCGAGUGAUUUGGUAGCUGUUGGGCUAAUUGAAAGAGAUACAAACAAUGAUAUUCUAUGGACAUGGUCCUACCCAUCCAUAGCUUAUGAAAAGAGAAAUUUACUGAUCCAGAAAUGUGGUUUAGAGUGUGAACCAGGAUCUGGUGGACCUAUCCCCCCAGUAACUUUUCGGUACUGUCAUCAUCAUCGAGCUUGGUACUACAUUUACACAACCGAAGUUUUCGAUGCUGACAAACUUCCAAAGGUGAGACAGUUUGCAUUAGUCCUCCAAACACUUGAGUUCAAUCCUGAGAAGUAUGUGAAUUUAUCAAGAAUCCUGAGUAAAAUAUAUUGCAAGAUGGGAGAUCCAACAGCUAUUCUUAACCUGUAUCUUUCUGUCAUAAUUAGAGGUUCAUGUACCACAGAAGAAAAUGGAACUUUUCUAUCUAGAGAGUUUGAUCAGAAAGCUGCUUUUGCAGCAUCUCCAAUUAGAAAUGUCAUCAAUACCUUUGGUUUGGAGAGCAUCUUAAUUUAUACAGCAUUAAUACUGAAGAAACGUAUCAUUGUCUAUCAUCAUGAGCUAGAUGCAUUACUUUCUUUUAUGAGAGCCUUACCAGCUUUAGUGUGGCAUAGGCAAAACUGGAACAUUCUCUAUCCCUACAUGGAACUGAGUGAGAGUGAAUGUGCUGAACUAAUCAGUCUAAAGACUUACGCUGCAGGGUUCACAGAUGCUAGUGUGGAAACACGUACAGAUUUGUAUGAUGUUUUUGUCAAUCUUGCUGCUACUGAAAUCACAGUUGCUUCACAUGCAAAAGAGGCUUUUGGAAUGAGCAAAACUCAUAAAGAUAUUGCUAUGUUUAUGGUAAGACAAGCAGAAAAUACAGAACUUUCAAACCAAGACAUUAUUCGAGAAAUUUCUUCCAAGACAAUGGAACUCCUAAACAAUCUCAAGUCAUUAUCUUCAGAAGAGGAAGAUGGUCAUCCGGUGGUGACCUUAGAAAGUCUAAAGGAACACAAACUUGCUGCUUCUCUAGAAAACUUUCUGUGGAACCUGGCAGUAGCAGAGGGCUUUGUAAAAGUUUGAUACUGUGUUCUGUAGUAACUGAAAGUUGUUUAGGCAGAAACUGGGAUAAACCAACCAAUCAUAACACGCCCUCCACACUCCAACAGAAUACUCCAAGUACCGACAACACCAUACAGAUGCUGACCUGAGGACCAAAGACGGAAGACUUUCGAAACUUCGUCCUUUAUACUUGUGUUUCUAUAACAAGCAGUUGCUGUCCAUUCAACUAAAUUUCACCAAAAUGUAACAAGUCUUGAUUAGAUAAAAAAAGCCAAACAAUACAACAAGCGUUUUGUUACUUCAAACGGGAAUUACUUUCAGAUUUUUUUACAUUUAUAUAAAACAAAUUUUCUUUGAUUGAUGCCAUAAUUAUUAUAUAUGUGUAAGUAAUAUCAUUAUUCCUUUAUCAUCUUAAUGGGUACACUAAAAAAAUAAAAACCCCAUCUGGCGUAGAACAGUACUAAUACUAACUUAUUAUCACUCGUUACUUAUGGUUUUAUUAUUUAAUCUAAAUUCUUAUGUUGUAAAAGCGUGAAGUAUCUAAUAAUUUUUUUAUAGAUAAGUUAAUAAGUCGUCUCAGUUCUUAUAAUUUCUCACUGAAAAGUAAUGGAAGUACCUUUUUUUAUAUUCAAUAGUCAAUUAGCAAAUGUUUUUAAUAACUUUUACUCCAACAAAAAUACUGAGUGAUAACAAUCAAAUGAAUUGGUGGGUAAUCAUAAUUCUCUAUUCCACGUCUACAAACUAUCAUAUUUAUAUAACAUUUACGCAUAUUGUUCAUGUGUUUAAUUAGGUUUGCAAAUGUGUUCAUAUUUGUCUUGUCGUUCUUGUAUACAAAAGUAUGUAGUACGUGAAUCGGAUACCAAAAGUAUGUAGUACGUAAAUCGGAUACAUGUGCUUUCUAUUAUCAUGGUAUCUUUGAAUUGUUCUGUAAAAAUUAAAUCUGAAACAGUA